UGCAUAAUUGAAAGAUUGUGCUUCAUGGUCCACGUAUUCAAAUUAUUCUGUCUGAUACAGACUACAACGCAGAGCGUAAUCUGUGUAGUAGGAGAACGGGCAGCCGCUGUCGACAAUGGGAAGAUGAUCGAUCUAAUGUCAUAGAAGGGUAUCUGGGUAUGGAAGGUAGGUGCAGAAGACACCUAGUUUCGUUCAUCUCUUGCCAAUUCGCAUGGGCCGCUACCGAGUGCUUCCAUCGUUCCACCAUCUCAGCGUUCGUUGCUCCAAGACUGCCACUGGCUUGCCUGGUGGCUACAGUAGCCGGGUUUCCGACUUUUUAUUCUUGGUUCGUUUCCAAGUUCCAAGCCCGGCCCUCCAACAAUCCCGAGUCGAUAGAAAGGAAACCAAACAAACGCGGCACGGGCGGAAAAUGCGAAGACUGAGGGAGGGCCAGGCCCACCUCCCAAGACUGGCUAUGGUUGUCACCCACAUCCCACAUCCCACAUCGCCAAUGAUAACAACAACUUCCUCGGCAUGUAGUACAUACCUCCCUAGCGAGCCUAGGUGGAGGCGACCUGUUCAACUGUUGACCCUGAAGCGUGCAUCAAGGUGGGCAGCCACACACCAUGCAUUCAGAAUUUCAG